UGCGGACUAAAUCACCAUGUAUAUCAGUAGAUGUACAUACACACGUACAUAGACACCGUUUGUUAGAGUUCAGGGGAUGUGUGUUCUACCUGUGUACAUUUCAAAACAAAUCAAUAACAAGUCCAAUGUGCUUUGAUAUAGGUUUGCCCUUGUUUCCUACUAUGAUAUUUAUAUGAUAAGUAGUAAUGUACGUAAUAAGUGUUUUAUUAUAUUUACGUAAUAUAGGUGGUACGUUACUAGAUACUAGUGUAGUUUACAGUGAACUGUCUCUAGUGAACUAUGUCAAGGUGUGAUAUACCGCGGGUGUCAUUAAAACAGAGGUAUAUCAUAUCAGUAAAAUAAGGGCAUAUUUAUACUAAACCCUGUUUGACUUUUUAUUCUCCGACUCGUCUCGUUCUUCAUCAUCGAUAUUUGAUGACGGUGCAUGAUCUAAAAAUAGAUCUUAGUAAUGGUCAUGAAUAUUGGUUGUAGAUUUCGUUAUAUAGAGCGACAUACGUACAAAGCGACACACUGACAGGACAGACAUACUCGAUAACAAGGACAGGACAGACAGACCACGAUCACUAUGAAAUUUACUCUCGUUUUUCCGGAUAAAAAGAGGAAAACAAUUCGACUUGGUGAGCUACGUUGAAUCUAAUACCGAAUAUUAUCAAAUGCAGAGACAGGCGGUGACGUCCCUUUUGAAAUAUCUACCAAAUGGGACAUUCAUCACACACCCACGUCGAAGCACGAAAGUUCGCGCCCACAAACGUCGUCUACUGAGCAAGACUUUUAGCGACGGCGAUGUCCUCAAAGUUGCAUACAACGUGCAUAACUCCGUUCGACGCCUGCGACGAGGUUUACCGGCGACGACUGACAAAUGUAUGAUCACGUUGUCUACAGGUUCGAAACGGGCGGAAAUGCCGUGUGGACACGCCAUCACUCCGCAGGCACUUUAUGACUUUUGUUGGAAUGAGCUGAAAAAUGGAAAGACAGAAAUAAAGUGCCCGUUUGUUUACGACUACAAAAGCGGUGCAUGUGGUUCAAUUUGGAGUAUCGCGGAUAUCCAACGAUACGCGAAUAUGAAUAAGAAAGAAAAGAAGUCAAUGGAAGACAAAGCAUUCGCAAAUAAAAUGAAGAUGACAAAUCAAGAAAUCCCGGACAUCAACACGAUGGUGUCGCUUCUCCAUAACUCUCCCAAGACAACAAUCUACAACGUUUCCUGCCCAUUGCGUCGCGCAUGCCCAAAGUGUUAUAGUAUAAUCGAGUACGUCGGCGGCUGCAAAACUAUGACCUGCAAAUAUCCUGGCUGUGGUUUUAUAUUUUGUUUCAGAUGUCUUACUGAGAAUUCAUCUUGUAAAUAUGAUUGUACAAGUGUUCCAACACAGUUUACUUUAUUGUAACUAACUAGCCUUGAUGUUUGGUUGUCGAAUUACGACGCGUUUUCUGUUUUUACUAAGUAGGUUAUGCUUAUGAAAUGAUUAUAGGAUAUGUAUUUGCUUAAAACUCUGCAA